UUACUAUCUAUGAUCUAAUCUAUUUUUCAUCUAUCACAAGUCUGUCUUAUUAUUUAUACUUUAUUGAUUAACGUUUUGAAAACAGUAACAUCCUUAAUUAUUCAAUCUACUAUGAGUUAUCACCUACAAUGUUUCUAAAAUAUGUUUUUUUUGCUUUGACAUUGUUGGAUUUUCUUGUAUUGACAUCGUUUUGCUUUCUGUGGAUGCUGCUACUGUUUAUCUGACUUCAUACUUUCUUUUCUUUUUUCUUUUUUGGCAGAUAAGAUUCACAGCAAAAUGGGUGAAGGUACCUUUGGGCAGGUUCUGGAAUGUUGGGAUAGGGAAAGGGAGGAAAUGGUAGCCAUCAAAAUUGUCCGGGGCAUCAAUAAGUACAGAGAAGCUGCUAUGAUAGAGAUUAAUAUGCUGCAACAGCUUGGGAAGUAUGAUAAGAAUGCAAGUCGUUGUGUGCAAAUACGGAACUGGUUUGACUAUCGUAACCAUAUCUGUAUUGUAUUUGAGAAGCUUGGUCCAAGCUUAUACGAUUUUCUACGCAAAAACAGUUAUCGCUCAUUUCCAAUUGAUCUUGUCCGCGAGUUUGCCAGACAACUAUUGGAAUGUGUAGCAUUUAUGCAUGACAUGCGCCUCAUUCACACUGAUUUAAAGCCUGAGAAUAUUCUUCUUGUUUCUCCGGAGUACAUCAAAGUACCUGAUUACAAAGUGUCAUCCCGAUCUCCGAAACAGGGUUCCUACUUCAAGAGAUUGCCAAAAUCAAGUGCCAUCAAGGUGAUUGAUUUUGGAAGCACAACUUAUGAUCGUCACGACAAUAGUUAUGUAGUGUCUACGAGACAUUAUCGGGCACCUGAGGUUAUCUUGGGACUUGGAUGGAGCUAUCCCUGUGAUAUUUGGAGCGUCGGUUGUAUUCUUGUUGAACUUUGCUCAGGUGAGACUUUGUUUCAGACCCAUGAGAACUUGGAACACCUGGCCAUGAUGGAGCGGGUUCUUGGACCAUUACCUUCUAACAUGAUGCGACUUGCAGCCCGAGAUGCCGAGAGGUAUGUUCGAAGGGGUCAUUUGAAUUGGCCCGAGGGUGCAACCUCAAGAGAGAGCAUGAAAGCUGUGUUGAAACUUCCUCGGCUGCAGCUUUUCUUUGUAGAAUCUGGUGAUGCAGCACUCAGAUCAUUCAGCUGGGGACUUCAUCGAUCUUUUACAGGGGCUUCUGAGAUACGAUCCUGCAGACCGAUUGGCAGCAAACGCAGCUCUCUUGCAUCCUUUCUUCACAAGAAAUCGCUAACUCAUGUAUCCAAUUGAGAGAAGGCUUAUGCUAACCUGCACUUUUUUGCAUUUACAAUGAAUGGGCGGUCUCGUUUGUAAAGUUUUGUAUAGCGGAUAUGAUAUUGUUCUCUGAUGCGUUAAUGAUUUAUUCUGGUAGCGCGUUUGUUCUCUA